GGAGUGUCAGGUGAAUCUAGAGGCAGGUGGGAGUGGCAGCAUCUGAAGUGUCAGCAGAGUGCAUGAUGGGAACAUAAAAAGCAGACUGACUGAAUAAAGAACAACAGAAAACCAAAAUUGUCAUAGGCCUGUUUGCUUUGACAUUACAACAUCUAAACAGAAGUGUUUCACUCGCACUGCUGAAAUCACACUGACUUUUACGUUGUCGACUCUCCUCUGUAGCAGCCUGAUCAUUUGGUGAUGGGUUUUAUGACAGACAUCAUGUUACUGAGUCUCCUCUUUAUUCCAAGUACUUUGGCUGCUUGUCUUGAUUCUACAAACCUGUUGAUCACUGCACCAACAGAGAUGGAAGCUCUGAGUGGAUCUUGUUUACACAUCCCAUGUAACUUUAGUGACUAUAGAGUGACUGUCGAUGGGUUUGACAGCACAAGACCUGUGUUGGGAGUGUGGAUUAAAAAUAAUCCUGACUUUGGCAUUUAUCCAAACAAUGUGAUCUUCAACAGCAGUUUGACAGUUAACAUCUAUCCAAUGAAUAUUACAGGAAACCUGACACAGAGAAACUGCACCACUCUGUUUUCCAAUUUAAGCACAAAUUAUACAAACACAUACUACUUCAGAAUUAUGAACUGGCCGUUCAGAGCAACAGCUGUUUGUGAUCCUCUUCAAAUAACAAUUAAAGAUUCUCCUUGGAGGCCCAAUAUUACAAUCCCAGGUGAUCUGAAGGAGAAGGAGUCUGUCACUAUAACCUGCUCAGCUCUCACUCCCUGUCCACACUCCCCUCCUCAACUCACCUGGAAUCUCACACAAGACUCUGACAAUAAAACAAAGCAAAACACAGAUGGAAACUUUACAACUAAAAUCCAGCAGACCAUCACUCUGUCAGACACACAUGAUGGAAAGAAGAUCAGCUGCUCUGCCAGAUAUCCUGUGAACCAAGGAAAAGACACCAAGACAGCAGAGACAGAAGAGACUCUCAGUGUUUCAUAUGCUCCUAAAGACACCUCAGCAUCCAUCAGUCCAUCAGGUUUGGUGUCAGCAGGCAGCUGGGUGAACCUGACCUGCUCCAGCAGAGCCAAACCUCCAGUCAGCAGUUUCACCUGGUUCAAGAAGAGCAGAGCCAUCUCUGCUCUUCUUGAACCAGGUGAAACUGUGAAAGUAUCUGAAGGAGAGAUUUACAGCUUCAAUGUAACAGAUGGAGGAGUUUAUUACUGUGUGGCCACUAAUGAUCUGGGUAAUCAGACAUCAGGAGAGAUUCAUGUGACUGUUAAAGGCAAUGACAAACUUUGGCAACAUAUUGGCGUAAUCAUUGGGAUCAUUUUACUCUUAAUCUUACUCUGCUUGAUAAUCUUUGUUUGCUGGUUAAAAUCGAAGCAUCAAAGACAACAACAGACUCAGAUUCAAAUAAAUGAAAAGCAGGUUGUUGAAGAACCUGGAAGUAAAACAGAGGAAGUUGAAGAAAACAUCCAUUAUGGUGAGAUUAACAUUUUCAUGCAUGAAGCAUCCUCUGACUCAGUGCAGGACAGAGGACAGGAGCAGGAUACAGUGUACGCACAGGUGAAAGUCACCAAGCCAGAAAACAACUUAACACAGAGUCCUCGUGUCCAGGAGGAACUCUACAGUGAGGUGAAGAAAAUUUGAAAUGUUGUGAAAUGACAUUACUUCAGCGUCGACAUACACACGUGGAGCUUUUCAGUGGGUCAUUUUCACAGUUCAGUGAUGUUAAACAAAGAAACAACACUCUGCAGCUUUUCAUGUUCUGUUUUCAUUUUUCUUGUGUUCAUGAAAAAUCUGAAUAAACAGAAGUUUACUUCAAAUUUACUUCAAUAAGGAACUGGUUUCAGAUGUCAGCUGAUGCUGUUCUGUAAAACUGAAAAUCAAAACCUACACAUGCUGUAGCUUCUUUGUUUGAGUUUUUUUCUGCACCCUGCACUCAACAGUUGUGUCAAGCUCACGUGUCCCAGUCUACGCCUCUCCUUUAUUUUGACAUUCUCGUGUUUCAUGUUCAGUGUGUUUAGUUUUGCUUCCCUUGUGUCAUCAUGUUUAUUUGCAUCGGCUGUUUCCACUUCGCCCAUUACCCUUCCGUGUAUUUAAGUCUUCUGUCUCCCUUUGUUUAUCUUUUAUUUGUCUCAU